UGUGUGUCUUUGUGUGUCUGUGCAAGUCGCUGCCCCCACCCCGGCCCUCCUGCCCCGUCUCUCUGGCUCUUUCCAGCUCUGUCCGGUCCUCGCUGUCUCUGCCCGUGCAUCCUCCGGCCGCGUCCCCCGUGUGUCCCCGUCUCUCGGGCUCCUUCCAGCUCUGGUCCUUGCGGUCUGUGCCCGGGCAUCUGCGUGCCCGUGUCCCCCCGUGUCCCCGUGGGUGCGACCGAGCGGGGGUGGCCAUGGUGGGGGAGCUGAAGGUGCGGGUGGUGCAGACCCGGGCCUUCCCGGACCAGAAGGCGGGGACCAGCGGGCUGCGGAAGAGGGUGCGGGUGUUCCAGACAAAGACGAGUUACCUGCAGAAUUUCAUCCAGAGUGUAUUUUUUUCCAUAGACCUCAAAGACCGGCAGGGAGCCUCUGUGGUAGUUGGUGGCGAUGGGCGCUAUUUUAAUAAAUCGGCCGUAGAAACAAUAGUGCAAAUUGCUGCUGCCAAUGGGAUCGGUCGCCUAGUAAUUGGGCAGAAUGGAAUUCUUUCCACGCCAGCUGUGUCCUGUAUCAUUCGAAAAAUCAAGGCCAUCGGUGGCAUCAUUUUGACCGCUAGCCACAACCCUGGGGGACCCAAUGGAGAUUUUGGCAUUAAAUUCAAUAUCGCCAAUGGAGGUCCCGCUCCCGAAGCUAUCACCGAGAAAAUUUUCCAAAUCAGCAAGACAAUCGAGGAGUACGCAAUUUGCCCAGACUUGAAAGUGGACCUUAGCACCCUGGGAAAGCAACAGUUUGAUUUGGAGAACAAGUUCAAGCCAUUCACAGUGGAAAUCGUGGACUCGGUGGAGGCGUACGCUGGCAUGUUGAGGAACAUCUUCGAUUUCAACGUGCUGAAAGAACUCCUUUCCGGUCCCAACAGCCUAAAGAUCCGAGUCGACGCCAUGCACGGAGUUAUGGGCCCGUACGUAAAGAAGAUCCUCUGUGAAGAGCUGGGAGCCCCGGCGAAUUCGGCCGUCAAUUGUGUUCCUCUAGAAGACUUUGGGGGUCACCACCCCGACCCCAACCUCACCUAUGCCGCUGACCUGGUGGAGACCAUGAAAAAGGGGGAAUACGACUUCGGGGCUGCAUUUGAUGGAGAUGGGGAUCGGAACAUGGUUCUGGGGAAACACGGCUUCUUCGUUAACCCUUCGGACUCUCUCGCCGUCAUCGCCGCCAAUAUCUUCAGCAUCCCUUACUUCCAGCAGACGGGAGUCCGUGGCUUUGCCAGGAGCAUGCCCACCAGCGGAGCCCUAGAUCGGGUGGCCCACGCGACAAAGAUCGCUUUGUACGAGACUCCGACAGGCUGGAAGUUUUUCGGGAAUUUGAUGGAUGCCAACAAGUUGUCCCUCUGUGGAGAGGAGAGCUUUGGGACCGGCUCUGACCACAUCCGGGAGAAGGACGGCCUGUGGGCCGUGCUCGCUUGGCUGUCCAUCGUGGCUGCCCGCAAGCAGAGCGUGGAGGACAUCCUCAAAGAUCACUGGCAGAAGUUUGGGCGGAACUUCUUCACCAGGUAUGACUACGAAGAAGUGGACGCCGACGGGGCCGCCAAAAUGAUGAAGGACCUGGAGACGCUGAUGUUUGACCGGGCAUUCGUGGGGAAGCAGCUCUCCGCCGGGGACAAAGUCUACACCGUGGAAAAAGCAGAUAACUUUGAAUAUAACGAUCCUGUGGAUGGAAGCGUGUCGAGAAAUCAGGGCUUACGGCUCAUUUUUACCGACGGUUCCCGCAUCGUCUUCCGGCUGAGUGGCACUGGGAGUUCCGGGGCGACGGUGCGCCUCUACAUCGACAGCUACGAGAAGGACGAUUCCAAGAUCUACCAGGACCCGCAGGUGAUGCUGGCUCCCCUCAUUUCCAUCGCCCUGAAGCUCUCCCAGCUCCACGAAAGAACGGGCCGUUCUGGACCGACCGUCAUCACGUAGAAGGAGCGCCACAGCCACGUCCGCGGACACGGUCCAGGCUUCCCUUCAUGCAUCCUUCCCCCAUAACACCUUCCUUAACAGCCUCUUUGAGAGGCACUACAAAAUAUCAAGGGAGCCAGAUGCCCAAAAGAACGUCUCCUCCAGCACGGCGUUCUCCCGCCCCGGGGCCCUGUUCUGUUUCGGUGAGACCAGCGUGCCAGCAUGGGUUCCCUCUGGCCGCCGUAGGGCAGACUUCAGCAAGCCACCCCCGGCCCCGAAUCCCCCCAUCCCCCCGUCUACCUCGGCAUUCUGAGCGACAGGAGGGCCCGUUUGGGAAGGGCCCUCGCCAGCUCUGCAGGGGUCCCGAGAGCCACGCUUCUGGAGACGGCCCCGCUCCUCCGUUUGCCCCAAGCCCCUUCCCUCCCGCAAGCGUUACAGGAUAUUAAAGAGAAAUGGGUUAGCGUGU